AUGGAGGAGGAAGAGGCUGCGCAGGAAGAAAGUUUCUCUGAGGAGGAAAGGGUCCAGUUUGUGGGGCGCCGUUUGGCACUUUUGCUGAACUUUCAAGCAGAGAAAUGGAGCAAAUAUCUUGAAAAUGAGGAGAACCAGAAAAUCCUGGCGGAGUUUUUGGAUAAAACCGAACCAGCUUUCUUGCUGUUUUGCUCUCCUCUGGCAGGAACGUUAACUGCUAUGCAGAAGAUACCCAGUGAUGUAACACAUAAAUUAGUUUGCAUUAUGAAGACCACGGAACGCAUUGGAACAGACAAUUACAAAAAAGAGCUGGUAUUUGAAGAGUUGUCUGCAACACCACUUGAGCAUACAGUUGAUUUCAUAGAAGAGGUAUUUAUAACUAAACAUCUGUGA